UUGCCCAUUUCGCCGUGUGGAAGAAGAAGAUCACACGACGAAUCGUUUGAUAGGAUUCUUCAUUUCCUAUUCCAAUUCUAUUUUAUGGAAUGUGAAGUCUGAAUAUCUCAUCUUAUAUCCAUAGGCUUACUGGGAUUACUUACAUCCUCGUUAAUAGAAUUAGAAGCCAUCUAAAUCUAGACGGAGUACGGUAGUCAGGAUGAUGUGUUGAAAAAUGAUUUUUAGAAAUGUGCUCUCUUUAUACAGAUGCUCAAAUUAUUCAUCGUAUUUGAAUCUGGAAAAAUGGUUUAGAAUAAUAUUAAGCUAUUCUAAGUCUAUUCUAAGUACGAAGUAGGUAAAUUGCAAAGUUAUAGUUUCUUCUGGGUUACUGUAUAAUGUUGUUUAUCGAGUGCACUCGAGUGCUCUUAUUCUUGUUUUUUGCUUGAGCCCACUACAAGACUCCCACUACAACUUUUACUGCUCAUUCGACAACCAGAUUAUGCUUAUUUUUGUUUUCUCACUCUCCCGUUCUGUUUUUUUUCACGGGCAGUUACACCACAACAACCAGCAGAGAAUGGGCAAAAUAUACAUUUAUUUGUCCACAAAUAAACAGAACACUCUUCUUUUCGUCGUCUUCAGACACCCGUUUCAUUCUUCUGAAUAUCCUUGAAAAAAAGUAAUAUGUGACUUUUUGGCCUCUUCCCCCCACUCGCAUGAUGCUUUAUUGGUCUCGCAGCAUCUAUAUAUUUCGUAGAGAAUGUGAGGUUUUAGGAGUAGACAAGACGAAUGUUUUUUAUAGUCAUGUACUUUGCUCCGGCUGGUACCGACAUUUGAGAGAGUCCCCGGAGGCGCCGAACACAUUAGACAUGCGUGUAGACGAACAAUGAAUAAAAAGGAAUUUAUGAUGAAGAGCCUCUAUACUCGUAUAUAGAAAAUUGAACUAAAAGAAAGUUAUUUUUAAAAUUUUGCUUCAGCUUUUUCUUUCGUUUCCUUUUAUGACGUUAAUUUUAAAAGACGAGCCUAUAGUCUAGUAUCAAGAGUUCGCUCGAAAUAGAAACGUUCGUCGUGAGAAAGUUUUGAAUCUUCUGAAUCCUCUCUUUCCAGUAAUCCUAAUAGCUAAUUUCAUUUCAUCUUUUUCAUGAAGAACCACUAAACUAUUUUGUGAUUCGAAUCUAUAACCUAUCCUAAUUCGUCCUUGGCGUCAAGUUAAACCACCUGGCCAGUUAGGUCUUCCAUUAUUAUCUUUUCUCAACAAAUAUCUUAAUCUAUAAACUUCUUUCAUUUUUUUCCUCCAAAUAAGGAGCGUGCGCCCAUCAUCACUUAAUUCUGAAUGUUAUAUCCGCCAUCUGCAUUUUAUUCAAUGCCAAAGUACAAGCCAAGGACUACUGAUACUGAAAAAGACAGAUGUCGGGGUGGAUGACAAAGAAGAGGCGGGUAGAACUAUGAAGACGAAGGUCGUUUCAAUGGAUGUGGUGGUGGCCAGGUGUUCUGUUUAGUGUCAGAUUCAUUCUCAACCUUUAUCGAUGUCUUUAUUGGUUACGCUUCUGGUUUCUGGGUAACCACCGCUCUCACUGAAGUUCGUUCUGUUUUGCUCGCAGAUAUUUCAAAACUUCACUGCCAAUGACGGAAAAAAUAUUUUAAUGAAAUUUUAUAAUAUGUCCCAUUUUGACACUGUUGUAAAUAGAAAAUUUCUGAAAAUAUUCAAAUUUUCUUCGUUUUCGUGGCAAAUCUUAAAUAUUUAUCAUCUCCUAAAUAUGUGAGCUAAUUGGAUUUUUUGAAUAAGAGACUAAUGAAUGAUUAUAUCUGUGCAUCCUAUUUUUCAUCGAAUUUCCGCUCUGACGUCAGUAACUGCAGUAAACACGCUCACUUUUCCAGCAACUAGUCGGUGUGCACUCUCUUGCUUUUCCUACUUUUUUCAAUUCUUCAGAAAGACAUGCGCUUCGUUUAUUCAUUCUUUUUCCCAGAAUAUCUUUUAUUUCAGAUCCAUUUUAUCCACGAGCAACGAAUGUUUUUCUUCUAAUUUUCUCCGUCCAUCAUCUAUAGUCUCGUAUUGUGUUUGAAUCCAUGGAGACGGCUGAACGAAUAAGUGCUGCGGCAUCUGCAGCAAGCUCGAGACGUGCCAAAAGAUUGGCUCAACAAGCUCAUAAGACUCAUCCUGUCAUUCAAGCCAAACAAAAUCAGAUGUACUUGAUUACGACGCUUUCACCAGCUCAAGUCGAUAAUUCUCUAAUCAAUCGUGUUCUACCAAAGGAAGUUCUGCUCAAAGUUUUCUCAUUUCUUGACACCAAAGCCCUCUGUCGAUCGGCUCAGGUCUGCCGCUCAUGGAGCAUACUUGCGUUGGAUGGAUCUAACUGGCAGCGCGUCGACUUAUUCACAUUUCAAAGAGAUGUCAAAACUGCAGUUGUCGAGAACUUGGCACGUCGUUGUGGAGGAUUCUUGAAGGAACUUUCAUUGAAAGGAUGUGAGAAUGUGCAUGAUUCAGCUCUCCGAACAUUCACAUCGAGAUGUCCAAAUUUGGAACAUUUGAGUCUUUAUCGUUGUAAACGGGUUACCGAUGCGUCAUGCGAAAACCUAGGUCGAUACUGUCACAAGUUGAAUUACCUCAAUUUGGAGAAUUGCUCAUCAAUUACUGAUAGAGCAAUGAAAUAUAUUGGCGAUGGAUGUCCAAAUUUAUCAUAUCUCAACAUUUCAUGGUGUGAUGCUAUUCAGGAUCGUGGUGUUCAGAUUAUUCUCUCAAAUUGCAAGUCACUCGAUACUCUGAUCCUUCGUGGUUGUGAAGGACUUACUGAGAAUGUGUUCGGAUCUGUCGAAGCUCACAUGGGAGCUAUCAAGAAACUGAAUCUUCUGCAAUGCUUCCAGCUCACCGAUAUUACAGUUCAAAAUAUUGCAAAUGGAGCUACCGCUUUGGAAUAUCUGUGCAUGUCAAAUUGCAAUCAAAUAUCUGAUAGAUCAUUGGUAUCUCUUGGACAACAUUCUCAUAAUUUGAAAGUACUGGAAUUAUCUGGAUGCACACUUCUCGGAGAUAAUGGAUUUAUUCCACUUGCCAGAGGAUGUCGUCAAUUGGAACGACUUGAUAUGGAAGAUUGUUCCCUAAUUUCUGAUCACACUAUCAACUCACUUGCAAACAACUGUACGGCUCUUCGUGAGCUCAGUCUUUCACAUUGCGAACUUAUUACGGACGAGUCGAUUCAGAAUUUAGCCUCGAAACACCGUGAAACGUUGAAUGUUCUGGAACUUGACAAUUGCCCGCAGUUAACUGAUUCCACGUUAUCUCAUCUGAGACAUUGCAAAGCUCUCAAGAGAAUUGAUUUGUAUGAUUGCCAAAAUGUUUCAAAAGAAGCAAUCGUUCGAUUUCAGCAUCAUCGCCCAAACAUCGAAAUUCAUGCCUAUUUUGCACCGGUCACUCCACCAACGGAUCAGGUCGUAAACCGCGGUGGUAUAUGUAGAUGCUGUGUUAUCUUAUGACUGCAUCUAUGUGCCCUGUUCUACGCGAUCUACAGAAAACUGGUACAAACUGACGAAAUUGACGAAGUCUGACAUCAACAGGGCACCGUGCGCUCACCGGGUUGAGGCACAACUUUGGUAUUCAAUUAAAAAUGUUCUGAAAUUUUGAAGCUUAACUAUUCAGUAGAUUUAUAUUGUUUCUUGGAAAUUCUUCAUCUAUUGCCCGCUAUUUUUUGUAUUCCUUCGUUUCUAUCCUGAUCCUACUGUAGCUACUGGUAAAUUUGUUGAAAUUGUUUCCAAAGGGAAAUCGGUGUAAACACGCUCCAUAGAAUUUUAUGAAUACGUUUUGUUUUUCUUCGGCGUCUGCUUUUCUCAUGACUGUACAUUUUUUUUCAAUUCGAAAUUAUUUUCUUUUUCUGUCAAGAAUAAAAUACUUGCCCUCUUUACAAAUUCAUCAACGCGUCAGUUCUUGUUAUUUUCUACACUUUUUAUUUCUUCAAAUCUGGAUUAUUCAUUGAAAUAAUAUUCCAGAUUAGAAAUG